GCGAUCCUAGCGGUGGGGCUCCCCAACCCAUGGGGCUCUCCAAUGGGACCUUAGAAGCCGCGGAAGCAGCGUGCAGGGCAGCAGCCCAGGCCGCCGGGGAGGCUAGGAGGCCAGGAUCACACUGCCACACGGCUCUUCCGGACGGAGGAGCUCACAGCCCUGCCUUCACCUGCACCAGGUCACAGUUUUUGUCAGCGUGAACACACAUGGCUUUGUUACGAAAAAUUAAUCAGGUAUUGCUGUUCCUUCUGAUUGUGACCCUCUGUGGGAUCUUGUAUAAGAAAGUUCACAGGGAGACUGCGCUCAGGAAUGAGACAGAUGAUGACUCUGAGCCUCCUGAGGAGAUGGAGGAGGAGAUUCCUGUGGUGAUUUGUGCCGCGGCAGGGAGAAUGGGUGCUGCCAUGGCUGCUAUCAACAGCAUCUACAGCAACACCGACGCCAACAUUCUCUUCUAUGUGGUUGGACUCCGGAAUACUCUGUCUCGAAUCCGAAAAUGGAUUGAACAUUCUAAACUAAGAGAAAUAAACUUUAAAAUCGUGGAAUUCAACCCUGUAGUCCUCAAAGGGAAGAUCAGACCAGACUCGUCAAGGCCUGAAUUGCUCCAGCCUCUGAAUUUUGUUCGAUUUUAUCUCCCUCUGCUUAUUCAUCAACAUGAGAAAGUCAUCUAUUUGGACGAUGACGUAAUUGUGCAAGGUAUACUCGCCGACUGCCAAGAACACUCGGAAAAGGAGCAGCUGAUAAGUGAUAUCCAAGAACUCUACGACACCACCUUGGCCCUGGGCCACGCAGCAGCUUUCUCCGAUGACUGUGAUUUGCCCUCCGCUCAGGACAUGAACAGAUUUGUGGGGCUGCAGAACACGUACAUGGGCUACCUAGACUACAGGAAGAAGGCGAUAAAGGACCUUGGCAUAAGCCCCAGCACUUGCUCCUUCAAUCCGGGUGUGAUUGUGGCCAACAUGACAGAAUGGAAGCACCAGCGCAUCACCAAACAGCUGGAGAAAUGGAUGCAAAAGAAUGUGGAGGAAAAUCUCUACAGCAGCUCCCUGGGAGGAGGGGUGGCCACCUCCCCCAUGCUGAUUGUGUUUCAUGGGAAAUACUCCGCAAUCAACCCCCUGUGGCACAUAAGGCACCUGGAUACAGGACUUCACAGAGGGACUGUGAAUGGGAUGACUCGCUAACUUAGAGAGAAUGAGCUGGACACACAUGUGUGGCGGGACAUCAGAUAACCACUGUAUUUCCAUUACUGGCCACUACAGAUUUUCAGUGCCAUUCCUACACUUCAAUAAUUCUCUCUCUUAAAAAAAAAAAAAAAAAAAAACCAAAAGCUAACAAACAACAAAAAAAAAACUUGCCCCCCAGUCCUGACAAAACCAAGCAUUUAAAAGGAAUCCACAUAUGGAGGGGAACAUACUUAGCCCACUGGAAGAGAAGCUGCAAGGGUCCCCAUUGCACGGAUUUUCUGUAUAAGCACCACCAUAUGCUGCUUCAUAACCUGGAUCAUAUUUUUCUUCCUUAACAGCCAUCUUCUUUGCAUCCUCUGUGAGAAGAGUAAAAGGGAUUUAAAAUGGAUUUUGUACAACGGUUUUGAAAAUAGCUUUAUUCAAAGGUCAUCAUGAACGAAUCUUUUUCUAGUUCACAUAUACGGAGAUGUAUCUUUCAUUAGUAUCAUGUUUUAAACUCUUUAUAACAUAUACUAAAUUAACUCCUAAGAAUUGCAAAAGCCUAUUACAUUUAAUGUCAAGUGGCUACCAUGUUUCUUUCUUUCUUUCUUUUUUUUUUUUACCAUGUUUCUUAUACCCUCAACAUCUGUAAGUGUACCCACAACAGAUAGAUGACCUUGGUAAAACGAGAUUUUAACAGUGACUAAUGUCUGAGAACUCAUGCUGCAAAUGUAACUUUUCUUUUCUCCUGCUUUUAAAUUCACAACCUGCUUUCUGUAAGGUAUAGAUCCAUGAAAUGAAUGAAUGGGUUGAAAAUGGGAACAUACCUUGGGCUAGCUGUAGAUCAAAUGUAUAUUGUACCUCUUGCACAUCUGUAUUUCGUUCAAUGCCUUUCAAUUGAUCUCUUAAGUCUUUCAGCUUAAUGUAGUAAUGAACUUUGUCCUGGGCCCGAGGAAACUGAGCACAUCUUGCACUGGAUGAUGGCAUAACAUAGCAGAGCUGGAAUCAUAAAAUUUUACAGUUACAUAAAUCUUCCAAGUCUACUGAAUCCACUCACAUAGAGAUUAAAAAACUCAUACAUUUUUUGGUUAAAAAUGAUGCUCAUCACACAUUAAUAUAUGCAAAUCAAUACAAGUAAUUGUGUCUGAGCUCAAAUUCGUAAAAUUUACUUACUACAAAGUCAAUAAAUAAAAAAUGAAGAGGCUUCCCCCUCAUGUUCAUUUACCAA